GGGCGGGCGGCAUGGGGGAGCGUCGCGCUCGGCCCGAGCCCUAGCGGCGGCCGCGGCGGCCCGGCGCUGAGGCGAGAGGCGGCCGCCCGGAGGAGGGGACCCGGGGCCGGCCCGGCCGCCAGAGCAUGCCGUGAUGGCUGCGGAGAAGACACUGCAGGAAUACGGGGUGCUUUGCAUUCAAGAAUACAGAAAAAGCAGCAAAGUGGAGUCAAGUGCACGGAAUAGCUUCAUGGGCUUGAAGGACCACCUGGAGCAUGACCUUGGCCACCUAUACAUGGAGGGCUCUGACCUACAGAUAAGUGCAGCUGUGCCUUGGCCUAUGGGAGAGAAACCAACAAUGGCUGCAGUCAGUGUGGGGAAGGAAGCGAAAGAGGUGUCUGAAGAGAACGUGAGCUCUGGUGACUCGGAAGAAAGCACAAAUUCUGAGCAUGAGUCAGAACAACUGUGUCGCCUCUCAGUAGAGCCGUGCGUAUUCCCCAAGACCCACAGGCAGCUAUGUCGGUCUCCCUGCUUAGACCCUCACCCACUCAAACACAGUGACAUUUUGCAAGACUUUAAACCAGAAGAGUCCCAGACUACAUCCAAGGAAGUAAAGAAACCUCCUGAUGUGGUUCGAGAAUACCAAACAAAGCUGGAGUUUGCCCUUAAGUUAGGUUAUUCUGAAGAACAAGUCCAGCUUGUGCUAAACAAACUUGGUACUGAUGCUUUAAUCAAUGAUAUAUUGGGAGAACUUGUCAAACUUGGAAAUAAAAGUGAGGCUGAUCAAACAGUUAGUACUGUUAGCAGUGUAAUGCGGGAAACAUCAUCCCUGGAAACUCAGAGGUCUGAGUCUCCAAUGCAAGAGAUUGUAACAGAUGAUGGUGAAAAUCUGAGACCAGUAGUGAUUGAUGGCAGCAAUGUGGCAAUGAGCCAUGGAAACAAAGAAGUAUUCUCCUGCCGAGGAAUAAAAUUGGCAGUGGAUUGGUUUUUGGAAAGAGGCCACAAAGACAUUACAGUUUUUGUUCCUGCUUGGAGAAAAGAGCAAUCCCGACCUGAUGCCCUUAUCACAGAUCAGGAAAUUUUACGGAAACUAGAAAAGGAAAAAAUCCUGGUAUUCACACCAUCUCGGCGCGUCCAGGGCAGGCGAGUAGUGUGCUAUGACGACAGGUUCAUUGUGAAGCUGGCUUUUGAGUCUGAUGGUAUAAUUGUAUCCAAUGAUAACUACAGAGAUUUGGCAAAUGAAAAACCGGAAUGGAAGAAGUUCAUAGAUGAACGCUUAUUGAUGUAUUCCUUUGUCAAUGACAAGUUCAUGCCCCCUGAUGACCCUCUGGGCAGACAUGGCCCAAGUCUGGAUAACUUUCUGAGGAAGAAACCCAUUGUCCCUGAGCACAAAAAGCAACCUUGUCCAUAUGGAAAGAAGUGUACCUACGGACAUAAGUGCAAAUAUUACCACCCAGAAAGGGGCAGCCAGCCUCAGCGCUCAGUGGCUGAUGAACUUCGUGCCAUGUCUAGAAACACAGCAGCCAAAACUACAAAUGAAGGAGGACUGGUGAAAAGCAACAGUGUCCCUUGUAGCACCAAGGCUGAUAGCACUUCGGACGUUAAACGAGGUGCUCCAAAGAGGCAGUCAGACCCAAGCAUAAGGACUCAUGCCUACCAAGACAUAGAGGAAAAGCUUCCCACCAAAAACAAAUUGGAAACCAGGUCUGUACCUUCCUUAGUUAGUAUCCCGGCCACUCCUACUGCAAAACCCCAAAGCACUCCAUCUUUAAGCAAUGGCCUUCCAUCUGGAGUUCAUUUCCCACCUCAGGAUCAAAGACCACAGGGACAGUACCCUCCAGUGAUGAUGGCAACCAAAAAUCAUGGAACGCCAAUGCCUUAUGAACAGUAUCCAAAAUGUGAGUCCCCUGUUGACGUUGGGUAUUACUCCAUGUUGAAUGCAUAUUCAAAUCUGAGUAUCUCAGGCCCCCGAAGUCCUGAAAGGCGUUUCUCCUUAGACACUGAUUACAGAGUCAGUUCUGUAGCUUCAGACUGCAGCAGUGAAGGGAGCAUGAGCUGUGGGAGCAGCGACUCCUACGUGGGGUACAGUGACCGGUCCUAUGUCAGCUCUCCUGACCCGCAGCUGGAAGAGAAUCUCAAGUGUCAACACAUGCACCCGCACAGCCGCCUUAAUUCCCAGCCCUUCCUGCACAAUUUACACGAGCCCCUAAGCAGAGUUCAGAGCUACAGUCACGAAGAACCAAAGUACCAUCACAAGCGCCCUCUUCCACACUUGGCUGUGCAUCUGCAGCACCCCGCGGUGGGUGCCCGGUCCAGCUGUCCUGGCAACUACCCCUCGCCACCAAGUUCAGCACACUGUAAGGCGCCACACCUAGGAAGGGCCUUAGUGGCCACGAGAAUAGACAGCAUUUCUGAUUCUCGGCUCUAUGAUAGCUCUCCUUCAAGACAAAGAAAGCCUUACUCUCGCCAGGAAGGCCUAGGAAGCUGGGAUAGGCCAAGCUACGGGAUGGAUACAUAUGGCUAUCGGCAGACUUACUCCUUACCCGAUAACUCCACACCCCCGUGCUAUGAGUCGAUCACCUUCCAGAGCCUGCCUGAGCAGCAGGAGCCCACCUGGCGAAUCCCGUACUGUGCAGUGCCACAAGAUCCUCCAAGGUACCAGGACAACCGAGAAAAGAUUUAUAUCAAUCUGUGCAACAUCUUCCCCCCUGACCUGGUGAGGCUCGUCAUGAAAAGGAAUCCUCACAUGACAGACGCCCAGCAGCUCGCAGCAGCCAUCUUAGUGGAGAAGUCACAGCUGGGCUAUUGAAAAGAUGAUGCAUCUUUGUGGUGUUGAGUAGUUUUUUUGUUCAGCUCAGAUGCUGAGGGAGGUUUGCUACAAUAGCACAUGUGAUCUCCUUCUCAGCGGGGAGGUUAUAUAGUAUCCAUUUAUGUGAAAUACUGUAUCAUGGAAUCUGUAUGGAACCCCACUUGGUGGACGUAUCACGGGAUUGCUUUACAUUCAAACUUUUUUUUUUUUUUAACAUUUCCCUUUUAAAGCUAUAUACUUGGCUGGAGAUUUCUCCAGUUUGAUUUAAUAGAUGUAUCUGUGAUCUUUGAUAUUCCUCUUUGGUGCAUCAGGGGUUUAUAUGCAGCACUUUUUAUCCUUGUUUCUUGUCUUAUUAACUUGGUGUUUGUCUGUCAACUGCAAGCAAUUGCAGUACCUUCAGAAUGUGGAGGUACUGGACUAAACCUAGCAAACUAUUUCCUCAAGCCAAGCUUAACUAGAAUCCUUUACAGCUUUUUAAGUUAUUUUUAUUUGGGGAAAGUGGGCUUCUUUGUGCUAUAAUCAUUAUUUAUAGAAACAAAGAUAUACUACAGCACUGACUUUAUAUUUUAAACAAAAAGUAAGUUAACAGUUACAUUAAAUUGGGUAUUAGUAUAUAUUAGAAUGAUUUCCAGUGUGGCACUUUUGAUUAUUUUAUUUUUGUUUGAAUAUUUCCUGUUAAGAAAAUUAGUUAUUUUAAAUGGUCAGUUUAAAAGAAAGCAGAUACAAUCAAUGGAAAAAAAAAUGUUUCCAUUUUCUUUUUUAUGAAUAAGGCAAAAGCCGUAACUAUUACAAGUUAAAGCUUUGUUUCCCAGCUAAAAUGUGCUUUUUGACAGUAGAAAUGGGAUUGAAGUCCUAGAUUUCCAUUAACAUGUAUUUUUAACGUCUGUCUUUUUGUGGGAGGCACAAUACUGGAUGAAUAACCCUUUCACAGUACUUGCCUAUUUUUAAUGAAUCUAGGUAUUCUCAGUGCAACUUUUAUAUUUAACCCACUCUAGCUCCCUGCUGUGUAUUGAGGCUGGCCUGAGGUGGUCUCAUGUGCUGAGGGUAUGCAACAUUUAUUGACACUGCACUAUAGAAAUGGCAGCAGGACUUGUAAAUGGUAACUUAAUUUUUUUGUAAGAUAUUGUAUAUUUUCCAUUUUCCUGAAGGUAGUUUUUUUGGGGGCCUGUUAUAUUAUUAAGGCCAGACUCUUGCCACAAAUAGUGUAGUUUUAGAUACAGACUAAAGUCUGUUCUAGUAUUAGUAAGGGAUAUUUCUGGUUGUGAAGUCAUGGGUUUUGCUUGCUGUAGUGACCUUUCUGAGGAUUGGGAGAUGGAUUUAUGAUCAGUGCAGACAGGGCUGUGAUGGACAGAAGUUGUCUCUGGUUUUACUUGUUGUAAAGGACAAGUCUAGCUCUGAUCCUGUGGUGAGCCUGGAUGCCCUGGUCUAGGCGGUCCUGCAGCCUGAGAGAGGCAAAGCCCUGAAAACCAGAAAGUACCUUUUACUGUUGAUACAAAUUGUAUCUUUUUAACAAUAAAAACUAUUUUGAUUUGUAGAUCUAGUUAAAAACAUGAAUAUGUAACUAUAAUUAGACUUUUGGGCAACAUUUUAUCCCUUAUUUAAAUACAAAAUUUUAAAGGAAAAAUUGAAGUCUAGAAUAGGAUAGAAAAUAAAAAUAACAAUUAAGGUAAAUAAAGGUGUCUGUCUUAGUUUUAUAUAUUAAAAUAUAUUAAAUAAAUUUAUUGGCAUUUUCUUUCUCCUAAAACUUACCUAGUGUGAACUUAACUUAAAAUAAAGGUAAAAUGCUGCCUGAAAAUAACGUCCAAGCAUCUUCGACUAGGAUAACAUUUUCACUACUUGUGUGACACUGUGUGUUGCAUGGAGUAGGAUUUGGGUACACAGUAAAUGCUUCUAAACGGCAUUGUGCAUAUUAGCAUAUCCAAUAAUCUGAACCAUGUUCAGCAAACUUAAUUCAGGAAAGUGAUGUUCUACAGUUACUGCUGUGUUUGAGUGAGUGUGGCACACACCUCUACCCAGGGUGACCCAGGUGGUGCCAGACCAGCCAUUCCUAGCAGUGUCUGUCCGAGGGUGACACUGCCGACUUGAGAAACGGUCCUUGAUUUCGUCAGUCAUUAUCUGAAGGUUGGAACGUGGAGGAGAAAUGAAUGCCAAAAACGAGGUUGCACGUGUGGGGCUCCUCCUCCCCCGUCUACCUGACGGUACUGGGAGGCUAGCAGAGGAAGUCACCUCAAAUGGACAUGUCGCUUUUGCUUCAUGCUAGCACUGUGAUUGUUUGGAAAUGGGCAAACUUGACCUAAAUUAUUUAAGUGAGCUCUGAGGUAAAAAGGACAUGAUUUAAAAUUCGGCCUUUUUAUGUUUUAGCUGACUAGUUGCCCUCUUUUUCAUCUUUAAUAUAAUCCUUCCCAGUGUGUGUCAUGGAGUGGGUAGUUCUAACCACUCCCACCUGCAUUUCUCAGUGCCAUUAGCUGUGUGCUAAGGAAGAGUUUUCUUGUGACAAGAGGACAGGCUGCCUGUCCCCUUUGAUGAAGCACCAACAUUGCUUGCCAAGUUUAAGAACAUAAUUGGUAGGCUUUAGCUACAUCAAAUUCUCAAAUGUCUCAAGUAAUAAAGAAGUCCAUUAUUAAAUUUGUAGCUGAUCAUAAAUCUUAAAUUUAGCUAAAAACCUUUCUUCCCAAUUGCUGAUUCCUGUUCACCAGACUUGCUAAAAUAAAUAAGUAACCUGAAAAUGGUGUGCUAAUAAGUAGUAAAAUCAGAAUUGGUCAGAUGAUUAAAAAGGACUCAGACUGGAAUAUUCUGCCCCUGAAUAAUAGACAGUUGACUGUACUUUAUGCAGUAAUUAGCAGUCUGUUGUCCCUGUGUCUUAGUCCAGAGGGAAUAGUAUUUAACUGGCCAAAAUGGCCCUUCGAAUUUCAUCUUUUCUUGCAUGUAACACAGACAUUUUCAGUCUUGUUAUCCUAAUGGGAGUUUGUCACUGACCUAAACAGUGAAAGUAAUGGUCACCAGUGUCAAAUAUUUGACACUGGUGGAAACUUGAAUUUUUUUUUGUUUUUAUGAAAAUGCAUUUAUGAGAAUAUGUAAUAUACCUAAAGAGGCUGUUUUAUAUAUACACAUGUUUGUUAUGAAGUAAUAAAAAAUGGGGGGGUUGUCUUUUAAUGGAUGACAUUUUCCUGAUUGAACUGUUUCUUUGAGUUGUGAAUGACCAAGUGUAGGGUCUGUUUGGCCAAUGAUAAGAUUCAGAACCACUUACAUGGAAAGAAAUACUUGGUUUUAUUCUUGGUAUUUUUAAAGAUUAUUUUGAUAAUUUUAAUAGAAUGUGUAAUUUUUAAAUACACAAAAGUAGUAUUGAUUAUACAAAUAAUUAUUUAACAUGUCUUUUAUGGAUGUAUCUAUAUGUAUAUAGACAGUAAUAUAUUUAUAAAAUGAAUAUACUUUAUGUUGUAUUUUUUAGAUUCUCAUAGAUGUAUGACUGUAUGUUUGUGUGUAUACACAUGUACACAUGUGUAUCUAUAUGUGUCUAUCUGCUGUCUGCCUUUCUGUGUUUGAAAGCUGAAACCCUUUCCUUUGACUUACUGGUAUUUAAAUUGUAUUUGGGUUUGGUUUUUUUUCUCCUCCUUUUACUACUCUUUCUCCUUAUUCAAGAUAAAUUAAGAGGUACAGUUUUCUAGUCUCUUGCUAGAUGGCUCUACCAUUUUAUUAAUCUCUAAUUCUUAGAGAAUGCCUGACAUCAAACAGAUUAUGGCUAGAGAUAAUGAUUAUGUUCCAAAUGUAUUAAAAGUGAAAGCCCAGCUGUAACGUUAAAGUUUCAGGAUUUUUGUUCACCAAUGAACAAAAUAAGCAUAGAAGAUGGAGUCACACACAUACCAGAAUGCAAGGAAGCCAGGUACCUAUGAAAGUAAAAAGCAUGUGUUGUUCUCGAUGCUCUAGGAAUAAGCCCCUGGGUGACAUGCCAACAACUCUUUCUGUGUAGGAUCUGGGAGCAAAUAAUUGGGGCUUCUCAGAGAAUCAUAUAGACUCUUAACUGCUCACCUUUGCCUUUACAAGCAUAAAAGCCACAGGCAACAUACAGAUAAAAAUGUGACUUUUUUAAGUAAAAUUUUAUUUACAGAAACCAACAACAGGCCAGUUUUUACUGAUGGGGCAUUCCUCACUCCUGUCUUUGAGGGAGAAAGCCAGACACACUAAGCAGAAAAUUCUGGUGUAUAUUAAUAUAACAAACAAUAACUGUAUCUCAGCAACCAUCUAGCGGUAGACUGAUAGUCACAGAAGAUGACGGUGUGACGGUCAUAUCAAAGCACCUUAAUGCAUUUAAGUCCAUCACACCCAUCACUUGAGAUGUUACUUGUCUAAUCACCAAAAUAUCUGUAAAUAAGAUGUGUGUUGGAAGUUUUUCUUGGGUUUCCGUUUAUGAAUAAGAAUCUUCAUCUUUUCUUAGUAGCCAUGGACCAAAAUCCAGUCUGCUUUUAAAACUUGGUCUGUAAUUAGCCUCAAAUUUUUUGAAGAUUACAUUUAUCAGUUACAUUUUUUCUGUUAAUUUUUGUCCUCUGACACUUAACAAGCCUACCCUCCUUUCCAAGUGGUUUUAAAGAUUAGCAUACUGUAAUUUCACAGUUUCGGGUUUUUCUGUAAUACUAAAAACUGACUAGUCUAAUGGCUGUAAUGAGUAUUUUGUUACAUUGUCACUUUUAAUAAGAAACAUGUAUGUCUUCUUUCUCUGUCCAGAUGUCAGGACAAUUUUUAGAUACCUUGGGGACAGCUGUGGGAGUGAUGUUCUUAUGACCACCUGCAAGCCUGAGUUAGUUGAGCAUGCAUAUUCACAGUACUUCAUUCAUGGUAUCACAGCAAUAACACUCUUUCCAUAGGAUCAUUAAAUAGCUACGAAAAUCACCACCUACUUAAGUAGUUAGACUUUCUUUUAAAAUUGGAAUGCAACUCUGGUUUUCAGUGUUCAUUGUUUUUUUGUUUUUGUUUUUUUUUUUUCUGUAACACUCUCACCUCCUUACUUGUUACCCACAUAAUGACAGCACUGUCAUAUUUAUAUAUGGCUUUUCCCCUAGGAUCCUCAGUCCUUCAGACUUAAACAAUUUCAGGUUUUGACCAUUUGACAGUAGAAAAACGUCUAUGCAUGUUUUCAGUCUUUAUAAGCCUGUGAGGUUUCAUUUCUUAAUCCACGUACUGAACUCUCUGUCCAGGAAUUCCAGGUGAACAACAAGGUGUCUCCCAGCCCAGCUUUUACUGCUUCUCUCUAAAGCAGCUCACAGGAAGAAGUGCAGUGGCUGUUUUGUAAGGUGUACACAUACAUUUGUAUAUGUAUGUGUGUGUAUAUAUUUCCUCUGGCUUUUUUUAAUUACACAUUUUCAACCUGUUAAAUACCUAUAAACGGUCAAAUACACAGACAUGGUAUAUUCCCUUCCUCCCAAUAUAGUUGUAUGCUGAUAGAGAAUUUCCCUAGUGAUCCUUCAAGCUUUUCUUAUAGGAAAAGUAAGGUAAUGAAUAUGUUUAGUGCAACCAUUUUAUAAACAUAUUAUUCUGUUAUGUUAACAGAUAAACAGUAUCCGUCUUCUCUGUGUGUUUCUGUAAUGGGAUUUUUACAAUUCCAAAAGCAGUGGAAAUAGCUAUAUACGAUUCUGCCAUGGAGGGGAAAAUACUAGCAUAUUUGUUUUUCCUAUGAUAGGUUGUUGUUUCCUGAAAAAAAAAAAAAGAUCUCAUAUGACACCACACCUGCUAAAUAAACAGCGUUUCCCUCUCUGUUCCCUGGCUUUCCUGAGUUGUGUGGUUAACGGCAUCAGCUGCGCUGCAGGCUGUGCACAUGUUCAGCGCUGAUGUAAAUGUUAGAGCCACAAUUAAUUCCUAUUAAACUGCAAUUAAAUGUCAAACCAACUA